AUUCACCAUUCAGGAUAAUAUUUGUCAACAUGUAUCCAGCAAAAGCUAUUGAAAUAAUCUGUCAGGCGUUAAGUUUAGGUAUGACUCGGUCCAAUGGUUAUGUGUGGAUAUUCUAUCAUUAGUAUGGGCCAAUGUGGUGGACUAAGGAACCAGAACCAAAUGAAAUCCCUCCGUACAAUCCAUUCAACUGCUCCAUUAGUGAGAGAGCUAGUAUUGUUGAAGGAGCCAUAUCUAUUGAUCAAUUUGCUGUCAUUGAAAAAAAAAAUGAGGAACAAUGUUACUGACAUAGGAUUGUCAUACAAUCAGUUUGUUAACUUGUAUCAGGAGAGGGCUAAAACUGAAUACAGUUAUGUACCUGAGAAAGACAUCAAUGGAACCAUACAAUUCAUUCCUCAUUUUGUCGAUGCUUUCUGGACUAUCGCUCUUGCCCUUAAUGCCACUGACAAUGGUAGGAUGAUACUACAGGACUUUACUUAUGAUUCUGUAAACUUAAGAAACUUAAUUUACAAUAACUCAGUAAAUGCUAGAUUCAGUAGUCUAUCAGGACAUGUUUCUUAUAAACCAAAUGGUGAUAGACACGGACACAUAAGAUACUUUCAAUACAGACCAAAGGGUAUAUCUCUAGUAUCAGUAUACAUUGGUAAUAUUGCUAACAGCACUGGAUCAGGUACUAUAAGGUUACAACCUGGAGAGAAUGACGAUACAUUGUUCCUUGAUGGGAUGGUACCAGUUGAUAAAACAUUGGACUAUGUUGAUACUUGGUUGUUCUCAAUUUAUGUCAUACUUGGAACAGCUGGACUUGUCUAUGCCUCAAUCUGGCUAAUGAUUAAUAUCAUAUACAGAAAUAAAAAGGUCAUAAAGUUAUCCAGCCCUUAUCUCAACAUAGUCAUCAUUAUUGGAGCUAUGUUGUUCUAUUUGGAUAUUAUAUUAUUUGGAAUGGAUGAAGCUAUCAUACCAACCAGUGUUCUCAAUGGACUCUGCAUGGCCAGAGUGUGGAUUGUUGUCUUUGCUUUUACUCUUCUUUUUGGGACACUCUUUGCUAAAACAUGGCGUGUGUAUUACAUCUUUCAUUCAUCAUUUCACCAAAGGAAACCAAGCAAAUGGGUCAUUAAAGAUGGGUUCUUAAUCCUGAUGAUUGGUGUACUGUUGAUUAUUGAUUGUGUCUUUAUGAUAUGCUUCACUGCUAUACCUGGCACUAGACUUGAACUAAGCUCUGUUACUGUUCCUUCAACUGAUCACAGUCUUCCAAUCCAACUGAGCAUAUGCUCAUCCAAUCAUCAAAUCCCUGUACUGAGUACCCUCCUGGUAUAUAAAGGUAUUCUUCUCAUUAUUGGGCUGUUCCUUGCUUUUGAAACACGUAACAUUAAAAUAAAAGAGCUCAAUGAUUCUCCACUAAUUGCUAUGUGUGUAUAUACAACAGUGGUCCUCUCCAUCUCCCUCACCCCUAUUGGUAUUAUACUCACUAACUAUGUGGACAUACAUUACGGACUUGUUGGGUCCCUUACAAUGUUGGGAGUCACCAUCAUACUGUCUACACUAUUUGUACCUCAGGCCUAUAGGCUGGUUAAGGAUCCUACUGGCUCUCUUAUAUUCACCAAGAACUCACCUCAGAGUGUGAUGGGAGGUACUAAUAUGCCUAGACUGGAUUAUAACAAGGACACCAUUGAGUAUCACAUGAAAGAGAUUGACCGUUUGAAAAAGAUACAUAAAGAAAGUGAUGCCUUGCCUGGAGCUGCUAAUAAGAAUAAUUCCAAUGUUCAGGUUUUGUCUCCAGUUGAUGAGAAUGAAGUUGUUCAAGUUGUUGUCAGUCCAAAUGAUGAAGUUUUUUUUAGGAAACCAUCUCCUCUAUCCUCUGUCUAUGUCAAUGAAAAUGGACACUACUAACUAAUAUAUAAU